GCGGCUCAGUCGAGCCCGCCGCGCGCCCGCGACCACCGCUCCGCCGCCGCCCCGCCCCGCGCCCCGCGCACACCCCCGCACUCGCUGUCAAAACAACUAAUUGAUUUAUAUCCGAAAACACCGACUCAACUGAAAGUUACAGUUCAACUUGGACUCAAUUUAUAGUGUCGUGACUGUGCCAUAGAAUAAACUUUUAAUUAUCCGCAAAUUGCCGGUUAAAGUUACUCGCUACUUGAAACUAUGUGUCAGUAAAUUGUUUAGUAAACGGGAAGAUAUUGCAGAGGUGCCGUUCAAAGUUGGUGCAUAGCGGAUACCAUGAGUGAAAGGUGGCAGUGAGCGGCAUGGAGCGCGCGGCGUGCGGCCUCAGCUCCGCCCUGCGCCUAUCUCUUCUGCAUGGCUUCCUCUUCGUCAUCGCCGGCUCGGGCACGGAGGCGCCGCUAGACGCGACGACGCUCGACAUCUCGUCGCGCCGCUUCCGCUCGGAGUUCCUGCAGGAGUGGCCGCCCAGCGCCGACGCGCCGUACUUCGACGCGGGCACGCCCACCAACAUCACCGGCCUGGUGGGGCACCCCGUGCGCCUGCUGUGCCGCGUCAAGAACCUGCAGAAUAGAACUGUAUCAUGGGUGCGGCACCGCGACAUCCACCUGCUGACGGUGGGGCGCUACACGUACACCUCGGACCAGCGCUUCGAGGCGCAGCACAAGCCGCGCAGCGAGGAGUGGGCGCUGCGCAUCCGCAGCCCGCAGCGCCGCGACUCCGGCCAGUACGAGUGCCAGAUAUCCACCACGCCGCCCAUAGGCCACGCGGUCUACCUCAACAUUGUCGAGCCAGAGACGACGAUCUCGGGCGGGCCGGAGCUGUUCAUCCAGACGGGCUCCACCAUCAACCUGACCUGCGUGGUGCGACACACGCCCGAGCCGCCCACCUCCAUCACCUGGACCCAUGGGGAACAGGUGAUAAACUUCGACUCGGCCCGCGGGGGCAUCUCACUAGUAACUGAGAAGGGUCUCCGCAGCACGAGCCGGCUGCUCGUGCAGCGCGCGCGGGGCGCCGACGCCGGCGUCUACACGUGCGGCCCCAACAACGCGCCUAUUGCCGCCACGAGGGUGCACGUGCUUUCUGGGGAGCACCCGGCGGCCAUGCAGCAAGGUUGUGCUAAAACCUCCUUAGACUUUACACUCCUAAUUCUAAGUCUGUUACUACUAUACUUAUUUCGUUAUACUUUCAACAACUCACCACAAUCUUCGUGAAAUAUAACUUCAUACUCAUUCCAUUAAGUCUUUAUUUGAUUGUCUGUAAACCUGUAAAUAUUUAUUAGGAAGAAUCUAUUCAUUACAGCCGUUUAGUUUUUCUUAUUAGUAAAUCUACUUACUUAACCUUCUUGUUAAACUAGAUUAAGGAUUAUUUAUGUACAUAGUAAUGAGAUUAAAU